UGACGGGAGAUUCUCGAAAUCAUGACAAAAGGAUGACCACAUCUUCCACGCUUUCCUGUUCUGUAAAUAUCGACAACUGACGGAAUCUGUUUCUGAAUGCGUAUAUAAACGCAUUUCCCGACAGGAACUGGGAUCGGCGACCAAACUCCAGUGUCGGAGCUCCGCGACUCAUGGGUGAGGAAGCGGAGAUUGAUCGGUUGCCGUUGGACCUGUUGGCGUUUAUAUUCUCGUUGACCACUUCCUUCACCGAUUUGGCGCAGGCAAGUGGGGUUUGCAGGAAAUGGAGGAAAGCCGUGAAGCAAUCGAUGGCGAGAAGAGAGUCUCUGAGCUUUGCUGGGUGGAAAAUGGACGACGACUCCACUGCUCGCCUUGUUCAUCUCGCUCUCAACCUCAAAGAACUUGACAUCUCGAGGAGCAGGUGGGGUUGCCAAAUAACAGAUAACGGUCUCUACCAGAUAGCCUCGGCGAAAUGUGUCGGAAACUUGAGCUCUAUAUCUUUAUGGGGCAUGACUGCCAUCACAGACACCGGUGUUGUUCAACUGAUAUCAAGAACUUCCUCCCUGCAACACCUGAACGUGGGCGGAACUUUCAUCACUGACGAGUCCCUGUUCGCCAUUGCUGGAUGCUGCCAUCAUCUUAAGAGCAUCGGCCUGUGGUGCUGCCGCCAUGUCACAGAGAGAGGCCUUCUCGCUGUUGUCGACAAGUGCAGGAAACUCGAGUCCAUCAACUUAUGGGGAACUAGGGUUCCUGUGGAUUGCUUCAUUGCUCUGCUUUCCAUCAGUCCUGCUCUUCAAAUCAAGCCCUUCGAGCUGCUCUUAAAUGCUCAGAAUCCACCACCACUGUUGCAUGCUCUGUAGCAAAUAACAUUGCCCUGUUUGGUUGUGUAUUCAAAUGUUGAUAUGCUUGUACAUAUGAUUCCGACAUCAACAAUUAUUUGAAUCCAUGAUAUAUAUGUCAAUAAAAGGUCAAUACAUUGUUUGAUCCAA